GGUCGCUCAGGAAGGACGGCUUAAGACAGGUCUCCCCACAUCGCUCCAGGUGCCACAUUUGCAGCCUGCCUGUCUGUCGAGAAUCCUGCUCCCACUUCAGGCCAGGCCAACCGUGUGCUGCUGAAAUGGGCUCUGAGCUGGAGACUGCCAUGGAGACCCUCAUCAACGUGUUCCAUGCCCAUUCGGGCAAGGAGGGGGACAAAUAUAAGCUGAGCAAGAAGGAGCUGAAAGACCUGCUACAAACUGAACUCUCCGGCUUUCUGGAUGUCCAGAAGGAUGCAGAUGCUGUGGACAAGGUAAUGAAGGAACUGGAUGAAAAUGGAGAUGGGGAGGUGGACUUCCAGGAGUAUGUCGUGCUGGUGGCUGCUCUCACAGUGGCUUGUAACAACUUCUUCUGGGAGAACAGUUGAGCACAUGGCCCUAACCCACAGCGCCCUUCCACUUGACCUUACCAGACUUCCCCUUUAUCCUUAUCCCACCUACACCUCCUGUCCCCAUCCUUGCUCAACCUCCUAUCAAGGGCACAAGAGUGGCAGUCCAGGUCUGCCAUUCAAUCUAAUAAAGGUUUCCCUCACCAAC